AUUUCCAUCAAUGGCUGCCUCACCCAGAUGUUCUUCAUUUUUCUUGCAUGGUCUGGUACAGAAAUUUUCCUUCUCUCAGCCAUGGCAUAUGACCGCUAUGCUGCCAUCUGUGACCCAUUGCAUUAUGUGAAGAAAAUGAACAAAGGGAUCUGUGUUCAGCUGGUGAGUGGUACAUGGGCCAUUGGAUUUUUUUAUGCCCUGCUCAACACAGUUUUUGUCCUCAGGUUGCAUUUCUGUGGGCUCAAUCAAAUCCACCAUUUCAGCUGUGAGCUCCCUCCUCUAUUACAUCUGUCCUGCAUUGAGACCCUCACCAAUCAAGUGGUGCUUCUCACUUCUAUUGUGAUACUGGGAACAAGCUCCUUCUUCUUCACCCUGAUCUCCUACAUUCACAUCAUCUCCACCAUCCUGCGGAUACGCUCUGCGGAGGGCAGGCAUAAAGCCUUCUCCACCUGCAGCUCCCACCUGAUUGUGGUUGGCUUGUUCUACCUGACAGGUUUUAUCCAGUAUACAAAACCCAGCUCUGUGUCCUCUGUGGUGCUGAAUGAAAUGUUCUCCAUCCAGUACAGCAUCUUGACCACCAUGUUAAACCCCAUCAUUUACAGCCUGAAAAACAAGGAAGUGAAAACAGCU